CAUCGGUUCCAGACUUUUUUCUUCUGCUUCGGUGUACAGGAUAGGCUUUCUUUCUCCUCCCUCUUCCACAACAAAUCAACAAAUCAUUUGCGCCGUUCCAUACAUCACAUACCAGAUAGGGACCUAAAUCUCUCCGUCGGGAAGUGUCAGGUUAGUGCCAUGGUAUGCAACAAUACAUUUUAAUCCCAACGUCUUCUCCAUUUGGUCGCUCCUCGAUGCAUCUCCGAAUCAGUAAAAUUCUUUUCCGGAUUAAUCCAUUGCCACGAUCUCUGUAUUCGUUCAGCAUAUUAGAUUCGACCUCGAGAGAGCCAAGACAACGAGAUGGGGCAAUGAGAAUGGUUUGAAAACUAGCUUCAAGAAUCAGUGCGUGUUGUGUUGUAUUGAUGGCAUCUAACGAGUACUCCAGCUUCCAAGGGUUCUACAGGAAUCUCCACACCCCUGCGGUGCUCAUCGGAGCCGCCUUUGUUCUUGUCGCACUCCUCAUCUCGCUCUGGCUCAUACUGCAGCACCUCAGAUCAUACAGCAAUCCCUCGGAGCAGAAAUGGAUCAUAGUUGUCCUGUUUAUGGUGCCUGUAUACGCCUCUGAAUCUAUAAUUUCCCUGUGGCAUUCAGAAUUCUCCUUGGCUUGUGAUAUAUUACGGAAUUGUUAUGAAGCAUAUGCGUUGUAUGCCUUUGGACGAUACUUGGUUGCAUGUCUGGGAGGAGAACGGCAGGUUGUCGGGUUGCUUGAAAACAGAAGAAUGGAAGAGGUACGUGAGCAGUUGCUAGAGAGUGAAGAGAAGGCGAAAUACCAUAACCAAAGUAGAGCGCGGAACUUCUUUUGGCAUCCCAAUGCACUGGGGGAGAGGUUAUACACGAUUAUAAAGUUCGGCCUCGUGCAAUAUAUUAUUCUGAAGACAUUCUGUGCUUUCUUGGCAUUCAUCUUGGAGCUUUUUGGAGCAUAUGGUGAUGGCGAAUUCAAGUGGUACUAUGGAUACCCUUACAUUGCUGUUGUCAUAAAUUUCAGCCAGACAUGGGCACUGUACUGUCUGGUUAAAUUUUACAAUGCAACACACGAAAGGUUACAGGCAAUAAGGCCACUUGCCAAGUUCAUAAGCUUCAAGGCCAUUGUAUUCGCCACUUGGUGGCAGGGAUUUGGAAUAGCAAUCAUCUGCCAUAUCGGAUUCCUGCCAAAGGAAGACAAGGUGCAAAAUGCAAUACAGGACUUCCUCAUUUGCAUCGAGAUGGCUGUCGCAGCCAUUGCACAUGCAUUUGUCUUCGGCGUGGAGCCAUACCAUCACAUCCCAGCGCUGGAUCAUAGAGAUAUCAUCAGCGAGAAAAGUAAAAUGGACGUGAAGGUGAAUGUAAAUGACGGUGGCAACGGAACGCCGUCCACUGUGGAGCAGAAAGAGACCCAUGUCAAAACUCCAGGAACAAGCAUCAAAGAGAGUGUUCAGGAUGUUGUUCUCGGUGGUGGCCACCAUGUUGUCAAGGAUGUGGCCUUAACCAUCUCACAAGCUAUAGAACCCAUGGAGAAGGGUGUCGAGAAAGGGGUUGGGAAGAUUCAGGAGACCUUCCAUCACGUCUCCCUGAAGCCAGGGGACAACAGAAAAACUGGCGUGGAGGUGGAGGAGCAUGUCACAAAGAAUGUGGUGGACGGUGAACCUGUUGCCGUUGAUGCAGAGGUCGAAGUCGAAAGAACAAUGCAAGACAACAGCAAGGCUGAUGAAUCUCUGGUGGUUGAUGCAGAGGUAGAAAUCAAAAGAAUAGAGGAAGACCAUAGAAGGUAGGCAUCCCAAUAGGCCCCGAGAACACGUGCUUGUGCAUUUCCAGAAAUUCAUACAUUGCGCAUCAUGCUAUAAAACGUGAAGCUGAUAGUUCCAUGGCAGAAAUAUGAUACUCCUCCGUUCCAAAUUAACCGGCGUGGAUUUGUACAAAAAAAUCAUACAAAAGUAACAAAACUGCGUCGGUUAAUUUACAAAAGUAACAAAACUGCGUCGGUUAAUUUGGUACCGAGAGAGUAGUAGUUACCAACUUCAAAAAGAAAAAAAAAUAGUUUCUCCGUCCAACAAAGGAUGUCUCAAUUUUGACUAAAUUUGAAUGCAUCUAUACAUUAUAAAUCGUGUCUAGAUACAUCCAAAUUUUGACAAACUUGAAACAUCUCUUGUUGGACGGAGAGAGAAGUUAGUCAGCAAUUUUAUGUCUACCUGGAAAAGGGCGGAUCACUAUUUUCAUGUACACAAUCGAUUUCUGAGA